AUGGGCUCCCACCUGCCGCCGCAGCAGCAGCAGCGCCCGGAGCCCCAGCUGGUGCUGCAGCUGGCGGCCGGGGCUCUGCAGGCUCAGAACUUGGAGCUGCCGGGCGGCGGCCUGGGGCCCGAGUGGCAGGUGCUGCUCGGGCGGGCCGACGCGCUCGCCUACGGCGGGCGGCUGCACGAAGCGCUGCCGCUCUACCAGCUGGCGUCCCGCCACCAGCAGCUGCGGGCGGAGCAGCUGGAGAAGCUGGUGGAGUGCCUGGCGCAGAGCGUCCGGAUCAAAGAGGGGCUGCCCGCCGCCGGGAGCGGCCCCCCGCAGCCCCGCGAGUGGGACGUCUUCAGGUGCCGCAAGUGCCAGGGCUUCCUCUUCGAGCCCGUUUCCUUGCCUUGCGGACACACGUUCUGCAAAAAGUGCCUGGAGAGGGACCGGGCGGCGGGGUCCCGCUGCGUCCUGUGCAAGGAGGAGGGCAGCGCGGCGGCCGGGCAGCUCCUGCGGGUCAAUGUCAUCCUCAGCAACCUGCUGGGCAAGUGGUUCCCCUGCCAAGUGAAGGCUUCGCAGCUCAGGCACGAAGGGAACCUCCUGUACAAGGAGAAGAAGCUACAAGCCGCCCUGCAGAAGUACAACGAAGCGGUCAGCCUAGCUCCAAAUGACCACUUACUAUACAGCAACCGGUCCCAGAUUAACUCUACUUUGAAAGCUUGUGAAGAUGCGUUGCAUGAUGCAGAAACAGCGUGCAGGCUCCAGCCAUACUGGUUGAAAGGUCACCUAAGGAAAGGACAAGCUUUAGCUCAUCUGGGGAAAACGGAAGAAGCUUUAAGAGAGUUUCUAUUCUGCCUUGCUCUAGAUACUGGGAACAAGACAGCCAAGUCUGAGGCACAAAAGCUUCUACUUAGUUUGUUUUCACUCAUCCCGGGAAAUGCUCAGGAACACUUACCCGAUAUCCUGCAGCUGUUGUCACAUCACUCUAGAUUAAAGGGGAACCUCCUAAAUUCAGUGGGAUCUGGAGGCACCAGCCAUAACCUACAAAGGUUGCUCAAGGUAAAUGUGGAACAGAAAAAGGGUCUUCCCGUUCAAGAGGAACCAAAUGUAACUACUUCUGAUAGCCUGAGGAAAUCUAUACAAAUUACAGAGAGCAAAAAGGACUGCUCAGAGGAGGAGAACAACAAGCUCCCCUCCGUGCCAGAGUCUGCCUUUCUCAUUUCUGAGAAGUGCAGCCUCCUGAAAAGGAAGUGCUGCUCAGAGGAGAUGCGGAAUCCUGAGGUACCCUGCAAACUGAUGAAGAAAGACACAGUUGAUACUAAGGGAAAUAGUACUGGACAACAUACUCCAUUUGAAUUUGUGGACCCCUCAGAUUUGGACUGCUCACUGUGUAUGAGGCUCUUCUAUGAACCUGUCACUACACCUUGUGGACACACCUUCUGUCUCAAAUGUCUUGAGAGAUGUCUGGAUCACAACCCAAAAUGUCCCCUGUGCAAGGAAGGGCUCUCAGAGUGCUUGGCAAUGAGGAAAUACUGUAAAACAGUACUAAUGGAGGAGUUAAUAGCUAGAUAUCUUCCAGAGGAACUCACUGAAAGAAGAAAGAUUUAUGAAGAGGAAAUAGCAGAGCUUUCCAACCUAAAUAAGAAUGUUCCUAUAUUUGUCUGCACAAUGGCUUAUCCUACAGUCCCGUGCCCUUUGCACAUCUUUGAGCCAUGUUAUCGCCUGAUGAUUCGAAGGUGCAUGGAGACUGGCACCAAACAAUUUGGGAUGUGCAUCAGUGACCCUGUAAAGGGGUUUGCAGAUUAUGGCUGCAUUCUGGAGAUAAGAAAUGUUGAAUUCUUUGCUGAUGGUCGCUCUGUUGUAGACAGCAUCGGCAAGAGGAGAUUUAAGGUGAUACAGCACAGCCAGCGUGAUGGCUAUAAUACAGCAGAUAUUGAGUACAUUGAGGAUCAAAAGGUGCAAGGACAAGAGUAUGCUGCAUUACUUGUUCUCCAUGAUUCUGUCUAUGAUCAGGCAUAUAUGUGGUUUAACUCCCUCAAGCAAGUGCUCAAAAGUCGAAUUCUCAGUCAUUUUGGUCCAAUGCCAGCUAAGGAUCCUGAUCCACAGGCUAACCCUAACGGGCCAGCCUGGUGCUGGUGGGUCCUAGCUGUCCUUCCACUUGAGAACAGAGCUCAGCUCCCUUUCCUUGCCAUGAAAUCCCUCAAAGACCGCUUGAAUGGUAUCAGACGUGUCCUUACAUUCAUGUCCCGUACAAGAUCACGGUGAUGGUGAGAAGGAGAGCUGUGAAGUCUCCCACAGUACUUGGCUGUAGACUGUCUCUUGUAACUUCAUCUAACUGCAAUAAUGUCUUACAGAUUUGAGUGUCAGGAUGUUUCAAGCCUGAAUUUCAAAGAAAAUGAGCUAUAAAGAGCAAGGGAUGUUUAUGGAUACUUCAAUAGUUUCCAUUUGGAACUCUGAGAUGAUUAUUCAAUCACUGCACUGCUAAAUUAAUAACAAAUGUGAUAGAACAAAAAGUGAUCUUGUUUGCCAUAAACCUUUUAAAAAGUUUAAGAGGUUUUUUAAUUUAUUUUAUUUUUAUUUUUUUAGUGGAUAAAGGAUAAACUGUGCAGUUUAAUGUGAAGCAGUAAUAAUAAUGUUAAUGCAUUAUUUCAGUGAACUGCAAAGUCUUUUAUUCCAUAUGGUUCAGGUUUUAUAUAGCAUUGUGUAAAAUAAUGUUCACAACUUCCGUUUGAUAAUUUAUUUUUGCACUAUGAUUUUUUGUUUCAAAUGUAUAUUAUUUAUGUGUUCAUUCUCUAAAGGAAAGUGAGCUGCUCUAUUUAUUUAUAGUGUUUUUACCCUGUAUUUAUGACUGGGGGCAAAAUGAUGAUUCUAGCAGUGCACAAGCAACUGCUUUGAUAAUUUUUCAGAUAUUUGUGUUCCAAUACUUUGAAUGUUUUUCUACUUAUCCCCAGUUCUACUGUAGCCUAAGAAGGAUUUUUUUUCCCCCCUGAAACAGCCUGCCGUGAAGUCUUUGAAUACACAGAUUAUGUCUGAGAAUUCAAGCACAGUUGUUGGAACUUGAUCCUAUGCUUGCAACUAGGUUCCUGAUACUACAAAACAGUCAAGCACAUGCUUAACCCUAAGCAUGAGUGUUUAAGUGCUUGGGUAAUUCAAGUAUUGAUCAGUUGAUGUCAGUGGGAAUUGGCCAUAGUGGUGGCAGAAGGAUCUAUCCCCUAAUUUUUCAUAGAACAGAGAAUAACUUGGAGUUGAAUUUAUAUCUGAACUCUUUCACGCAAGAAUGGAUAAUGGCUACAAAGAACUGCGAAGAAAGAGCCACAAUAUAUGAAAAGUGGCUUUUCCUAAAGAAAACUGGAAGUACUGCUAUCAUUUCAUUGUAGGUUACUACAUAGAUUUUUUUUUUUCCAUCAACUCUUGUUGCUGUUAAGAUCAGUUUUAUUUCUUUCAAUUGUUUGGUGGGAUUUGGCUUUGCAGUGUGUGUAUCUAGGGGGGAGGAGGGAGUUAGUUUGAACUGUAGGACUCAGAGGGCAGUUUGUGUCACAUGAGAAGGAAUAUGUUGUAAUAAAUGCUAUUUAUUUCACCCCAAUCUUCAGGUUUCUGUUAGCUUCAAAUCUCUACCCAGCCAUUGCAUUUCUCUUAAGAGAUUGGGUAGUGUUGCUCAUAAUAGUUAACUCCCAAGGAAAACAAGUGAAUUUUAGCAUGAUUACUUCUAGCUAUAAAGCAGGUAAAUAGGGCAGAAAUGAGAAUAGGAAGUAUCUUGGAUUUGAUUUUUUUUUUUAAAAUCAACAGUUCAUAUACUUGUUUUGCUACUUUUACUGCUUUCAGUGUACCACUUUCUGGGACUGAUCCUGCCUCCAUCUGACUUGGACUUUCACUGAUUUCAAUGUGAGCAGAACUGGGCCUUUUAUGCUAAGCUACUGUUUUCCUUUUCAGUGGCAAAAAAACAGAUUGAAUUGAGAAUGUUAUGGAAUGCUACAAAUUUGUUAUUUUUACCCAGGAUAGCACUCUUUGCCAUUCCAUGCCUUUAUGGAAAAAUGCAGUAGAAUUUAAUGUCAGUUUUCUGUGUGUUUUUCCAUCAUCAUCUCAUCAGAAAUGUUUAUUAGUUAAAAGUAAUUCCCAUACUGUUAAGUUUCCAUAAAACUACCUUUGUUCCCCCUCUUGUUAAAUUCUAUAGAACUUUUCCAUAAGGGUACCAAAGAAACAAAUGGAAGACAAACAUGUUUCAACCUUGUGAUGCAAAUGGAAUACAUAUCCCGUGUUUGCAUUGAGCUACUCUAGAAAUGCUACAACUUAUUUCCAUACUGCUACAUGCUUCUCUGUAAACAAUGUAUAGAAAUACAUACAUGUUCUGAACAAUAACAAGUGUAUGGUGGCUGACGCCUGCUAUGGCAUUUGUCUUCGUAAGUCAAUAACAAAGUGAUUUCUACUUGUUUGGAAGUGAAGCUGCAUUAAAUGCAAUUCUUCCUUAAACCAUUAUGUAUUAUUGCAUAACAUAAGGGGCCCAUAUUGCUCCCAUAGAAAAAAGCUGUCACUUCGUUACUCUUAUCUGUGAGAAAAGGACCUUAAAUACCUAUUUUAAACUGUUUUCUCACUGAUGUCAUUGUUCUUUUUUCCUGCAUGCUAUAUCUUCUACAUACUCAUAUUCUGCCUAUUUUGUUGAUUUAGAAAUUGGCAUGAAAAGAAUCCUUGAUUUUAAAAGUGAAUAUUGUCUUUUCUAUUAGCCUUGAGUAAAGCUGCCAGAAUUUCUUAAGCAGAAACUCGUGCACAUGCCCUGUAUCGUGAACGCACAGUGCAUUUGUUGCAACCUGGAAACACUGGACCUACUGCAUGUAAUGCAUACAGUUGAUCUGCAUAUGCACAACAAAUUGAACACAUCAAGAAAGUUCAUCUGUACAUGUACAGUAGCAUUCUGUCUGGGGCUGCUGUAUGGCCACACAUCCUAGAUUAAUGGCUAAAGUCUGCAAAUUCCAUCAGAAGGAAAAAAAAAAUUGAGAAGCAGAUUUGCUAGAGAAUACAAACUGGUCCAGGAAAAGCUGGACAAGGAGUAGCCUUAGCCUUCAGUCAGUUAAGAUGAUAAAGUUUCAGUAAUGAGGUUUAAAAACAAAAAAAAAUCUUCCAGUUAUGUCACAGUAUUGCUGGGUUUUUUUAGUUGUAUUAAUCAGUACAAGGAUGUAAAUGCAACAUUUACUACAGGCAUGAAUAAACAGCUGAACAGAUUUAAAAAUACCUUCACUUUAAUUAUAGAAACAGCAUUGAUCAGAUAAAAUACUAAUUGGGGGAGUUUUUUAUUUAAUCUUCUCACCUUUUUCUAGACACCAAACCCAGUCUCAUAACUGGUCUUGCUCAUCUGUUAAAAAAAAGACUCAAACUUGCAUUUCCCGUGUGGCCAGAAGUAUCGAUUAAUCUUUGUUGUGAGGGCAUAAGUAAUGCAUAGGCUUCUUGCUAGUUCUUCAAAGAAGGCCAUUUCCAUUGACCCUAGAGAAAUAAAAAAAAAAGUCUUUUGUAAUGGGGGUGGAGAGGGAAUCAGAAUACAUCAAACUAUAACUGAGUAAGUGCCAGUCUCCUGGGCAGUAUCACCUAAACAUCUCCCAGAGACUUAGAAGUUUUAGACUUAAAUUUGUAAGAUAUGGUUUUGUUAAUUUGAAGUAUCUUUUCUGUAAAUGAAGUAUUUAACAAAAUACAUUAAAAUAAAUAACAAAGACUUGGCUGUAUCACCUUUCCAAAUCUCUGUACAUAUACAUCAUAUGGUUUCUAAUUAAAAAGUCAGAAGUUUUCUGCAGGAAGUAAUACUAAUUUUUCAUUUGACUUACGACACUCAAAAUAACUUUGCUUUGUUUUAUAUGCUCCUUUGUCUAGCAAUAACUUAAGGGUAUAUGUUUCCAUGAAAAUAGCUGUUAUCUUGGUUAGCAAGACUUGGUUGAAAGUAAGCGUGAGACAGGACUGGAUUAAUCAGGAAAAAUCACAAAACCUGACAGUGAACUCAGACACAGUUGUAGAAAGUAGUUCAGUAGUUUUAAUAAUGAAAUGAUAAAAUGGUGUGAAUAGGCUGCUAUCAUACUAAGUCUUAAGUGAUAUUCUGGUGUUAGUUGUAAAAGUUCCUCUUACUUUUUUUUAAAUUUUAAGUGCUGAUAUUUUACCUUUUAUUACCUUGUAGCAAUAAGAGAUACCAGCUGUCAUACUGAAUGGCUGGCCUAUUGCUUGGCCUGUCAUUCUGAUAUGUAUGACUACUUACUAACAGAACACCUGAACCAUGGAUUUCUUAAUCCAAAGAUUAUUUUAAUCUAAAAAAAAAAAAAAGUGGAUUUGGGUGUAGCAGGUCUGGCUUAAUCUGUGCUGUAGAGAAAGAGCUUUAUAAAAUUAAGUUUUGUUUUAAAUGGUCUUUUAAUGAUUUCUACUUGGUGCUGAAGUUUUACUGGUGUUUAAUGACAGACAGGAGUUAUAUUUAAAUGCAAUGUUUAGGAGUGGAGAACAUGUUCACAAACUCUUAUUUUAAAAAAGUGUAAAUUAACUACAGGGGGUUUUUGUGCAUAAAACCCCAAUGGAACUAUAGGCACUUAGGGUAGUGCUCCCCAUUCCCCCAAGUCCUACAUCAGAUGAACUCAACCCCUGCUUAGUUCUCAUUUAAUGUCAGCUUCACAACCUAACUUGUAACUGGUGCAGCACAUAGUUUAGGAUCUGGGGUUUAUUCCAAAGCCCAGUAAAUCACUGAAAGUCUUACAGCUAUAGAAAAAUGGUAGUUCCAGCAAAGUCACUACUUUGCUAAAUAAAUAUUGUCUGGGUACAAGAAACUAAUCUGCUUAGACAGGAUUAAAAUGGUGGAUAAUAAAAAACUGAACUAUUACAUUGACUUACUCAUCCAGGUAUCAUGUGAAGUGCUUACUAACGUUGGAGUUUCAUAAGGUCUAAAGUAACCCUCGCAUAGAAGUGCCUGUAUUCUGUUAUUGCCAUUCUUGAGCUUUUUAAUAGAGUCAUAGCCAUAUAUUUUAUAAAUAUAAACAUAUGCACCUUUAAAUCUUUACAUUCAACUUGCAGAACAAAGGUUUACAGAGCAGAAGUGUAGCAAAAACAAUGUAAUAGCUUCUGUAAUUCCCUGGUGAGGAACAUGAGAAAUACAAAAAUGAGGAGCAAAAGACUAUCUGUCUAAGAUGUCUUAAUUUGGCACCAUAAUCUUGUCCAAUUUAAUUCCAUCAAGCUGUGUGGUUACAAGAGUGCCAGAAAUAUAUCUAUCAAGCCAUUUUAAAUAAAAAGUUUUGUGGACUUGUAUAUUCCAUUUGUUUGUAAAACAUCCUUUUGUGCACUGUAAUGAACUUGAAAUGAAACUUAAGUUAUACUCUCAUAUCACUGAACAGAGUACUGUUCAGCUACCUCUACAUAAGGUUGAAGUAAUUUGUUUUUUCCAGAUUUGUUCACAUCGUCAUAUAUAUUUAAAAAAAAUCAUAGUCCAAAGAACUUGUAUGUGUUUGUAGAUGUACUUAUAACUAUGUUGUACCAACAAAGUCUGUGUGGAGAGUUGUUUGCUAAUUAAAAUUUUUGUGU